AUGCUGAAACAGGAGAAUCUGAACCAGGAGUUAUGAGGCCACUCAACUUUGUCAUACAGUCAUUUCUGCACUACCUGAGCCUGACAGCUUCUGCCCUACACCUUGAUAUUAAGGUCGAGAUGAACAGCUUUGGAAACAGGAGUUUCAGGGGAGAAUAACACAGUACAGCAAGGCAUCAAGCAUUACUGUAAAUGGCUUCUAUGAAUGGCUAGCUAUGCUCACUAGCAAAUAAUGCAAAAUAACAUCACAGUGUUCACACAAUGACUAUGAAUACCACCCUCAAAGUCCAAUAAAAUAUUGCAUUGCUUUCUUGUAUCCAGCAUACAGUUAUAGGAAGAAGACCAGAACCCUUACUGAAAGGUAAAGCAGUACACCUCACACUACAACUGAAGGUCUAAUAACAGAUGAAUAAUCAAAACUGCAGAAGUGGCUGAGAGCUGCUGAAGAUCAUUCCAGAAAUAGAAUCUUGUGCAUAGAGUGUAUGCACAGGAUUGAGAAGCAGCAGAAGGAUAGAGGUCCAAACUCUUACUUGGCUGAGAAACAGAACACAGGAAUGGAUUUUGAUUAUGUACAAUAUAAAGCUGCAAACAACGAGGAAGACAGUUACCUUCAGACUAAAUACUAUGAUUCCUCAGUUACUAGAAAAUGGAAAAAGCCAAGGAGAUUUCUGGAAAAAGAUGGGACAUGCAAUGUUGUGUUCAAGCACAUUGAUGGAGAAUGGGGAGGUUAUGUGCAUGACAUUUAUACAACUCUUGUUGACAUCAAGUGGCGUCUCAUGUUUCUUAUUUUCUCACUAUCUUAUGUUCUCUCUUGGCUUUUCUUUGGGUUAGUUUUUUGGAUCACAGCUGUAUUACAUGGAGAUCUCCAAAACAAUGAAGAUUCUCUAUGUGUUGAGAAUGUCCGCAGUUUUGUGGGAGCAUUCUUGUUUUCACUUGAAACACAGACCACUAUUGGGUACGGUUCACGUUAUGUAACACAGGAAUGCCCUGCAGCAAUCCUUACUGUCAUCUUUCAGUCUGUCCUCAGCUGUUUGAUUGAUGCUUUUAUCAUUGGUGCAGCUUUGACAAAAAUGGCAACUGCAAGGAAGAGAUCCCACACCGUAGGAUUUAGUAAUAAUGCUGUGAUAGCUAUGAGGGAUGGGAAGCUUUGCUUUAUGUGUCGGUUAGGAGACUUUCGUCAAAACCAUAUGGUUGAAGGUAAAGUCAGAGUGCAACUAUUAAAAAAAAAGAUUCAUAGCAAUAAUGGAGUCAUAGUUGAAUAUCAUGACCUUGAAUUAGUUAAUGAUGAAAUUAUUCUUGCUACUCCAGUUACAAUCAUACAUGAAAUAAAUAAAAAAAGUCCACUGUAUAGGCUAAGCAAAAGAGACUUUGCUAGGGAAGAUUUUGAGAUUCUGAUGACAUUUGCUCAUACUUGUGACUCAACUGGAAUAUCUCAUCAGUCUAGGAGCUCAUAUCUACCUCAAGAAAUAUUAUGGGGUCAUCGGUUUAAGGAGAUAUUGAGAGCUAAAGUAGAUUCUUACAAAGUAGAUUAUUCACUAUUUGACCAAACAUCAACAGUACGCAUACCUAUAUGUAGUGCUCAGGAAGUAGAAAAAAAGGGAGAAACUAAUGAAUUUAAUAGUGUCUGUCUGAAUGGAAACCCUAUGGCUACAUGCAGCACAAUGUUACCAUUUGAGAGGAAUGCUUUGGAUCAGAGGUAUACUGCAAGCUCUGACAAUUUGUUUGCUAAAAAUACUGAUAUAGAGGAAUAUUUAAAGCCAGUUGUAACUCUAACAGAAAUAUCUCAAGAAACUCAGAUCUGAACUGGGAACAUAAUUUAACUGCUCCAAUACCAUCUUCUUAGCAAUAGCACUGCCACUUUAAAAAACGUAUAAGCAGUAUAUGCAUUCUUAAAAAUAUGCUUUCCCUGAAUGUAAGCAUUUUAAAAACUUCAGUUUUAUCUCACAUUCCAUUUAAAGAAAAGAACUAUAAACAUUGCAAGAAAACUGAGCUGUCAUAUUUGGGUCUAUAGUAUAUGUUCGAAGUUUGAAAACUUCAAACAUUAAAUAAUCAAAUUUAAAUGUUUGAAGUUUCAAACAUCGAACAUAUAAUAAAAAAAAACAAAAACAAAAAAAAAAAAACAAACAGAGCUUACCUGAGUAGUGUAGGCAACUCCGAGAUCGCACUAUAGUGUGGUAAAGGGAAGAUUUCCUUUACUGCACUGUAGUGUGGUUUCGGAGUUGGU